CUUCGCUGCCGCCCCCGCCUCCGCCGGAACGCUCGCCGCCGCCGCCGCUACGCCAUGACGACGCGGUUCAAGAAGAACCGGAAGAAGCGCGGCCACGUGUCGGCCGGGCACGGGCGCAUCGGGAAGCACCGGAAGCACCCCGGAGGUCGCGGGAACGCCGGAGGCAUGCACCACCACCGGAUCCUCUUCGACAAGUACCACCCGGGCUACUUCGGCAAGGUCGGCAUGCGCUACUUCCACAGGCUCCGCAACAAGUUCCACUGCCCCGCCGUCAACGUCGAGCGCCUCUGGUCAAUGGUGCCCGCUGACAAGGCCGCCGAGGCCGGCGCCGACAGGGCGCCCGUCCUCGACGUCUCGCAGUUCGGCUACUUCAAGGUGCUCGGCAAGGGGAUGCUGCCGCCCGAGAGGCCCAUCGUCGUCAAGGCCAAGCUCAUCUCCAAGGUCGCCGAGAAGAAGAUCAAGGCCGCCGGUGGUGCCGUCCUCCUCACCGCCUAGGUGCUCCUCUCUGCGGAGGUUUCGCGCUAGUUUCUUUGUCAUCCCUGUGUGUUGGAUCAAAAAGACUCGAUUUAGCUUGUUCUGCUUUGCUUUUUUUUUUGCCAUGGAUGUUACUGUAUGGUAUGACUACUUUGAUCUGUGGUGGCAAUUCAGGAGUUUUGAAUUAACAUGAUCAUGCACCUGGUUUAUAUCAAAUUUUAUAUGUGCCUCA